UUUUGUUGUUAUAGAUGUUGGAGUAGGCUUGUGAGAGGGCGCAGUUGGGUUGUAGUUUCAUCAGCCUAUUUGAAUCGUACACUGGAUUAGGACACUUUUAACAGGUAGUUGUGUUGAAAUGUCAGAAAGCUCAAGUGACACAGAGUCCUCCUGUGGAUGGACAAUCAUAAGCAAUGAGGGCUCAGACAUCGAGACUCUCGGUCCCGAGAAUGCACUGGAACAGGAGGCUGAGGGCUGCAGGAGCGACCCUGCCUUGGGCACAGACCUUCUGGACCCGUCAGCUUCUGUCUCUGCCGAGGCCACAGAGGAGCUUGGUGACUCAUCUCUGGACGCCACUCUGAAAACAGAAUCCUUUGGAGAGCUACACUCCGUCUCCGAGGUGGGGGUGGAGGAGGUGGCAGAUGAGCAUGUGACCCUGUGCUCCUCCAGCGACCACUCCGACAUCGUCACCCUGGGAGACUCGUCCCGGGAGGAGCGGGCAGCUGCGGAGGGUGAUGGGGAGGAUGAUGAUGAUGAUGACGACGAUGACGAGGGUCGUGAUGAAGAGGCAGCAGCGGAGAGUGAAGAUCUGUACAUGGGAACCUCCUCCAGUAGCCAAUACACCUUCAGUGCACCUGAAACGGUGUUCCCCCUGGAGCAGCCCGUAGUGAAUGUGAGGGAGGCGAGCAGCAGCAGCAGUAGUGAUGAGGAGGUGGGGGAGGAGGAGGCCAGCCCGGUGAGGAGACGCAGGGUGCGGAGGAGCACCACGGGAUCCUCGCCAGAGGACACGCAGCAGCAGCAGCAGCCACCGCAGGAGGAGGUGGUUAGGGAGAGGCAGGAGCCACAGGACCCCCGGGCUGGAGCCGGAGCCAGGCCAGCACAGGGCCACGGCAGCGGCACCCUGAACAAGUGCAUCCUGCUGGCUCUGGUGGUGGCCGUCAGCAUGGGCUUUGGACACUUCUAUGGCACUGUGCAGGUCCAGGAGAGGCACAGGAUUGUGGAGAAGAGUCGAGUACAUGAACACAGUGGCACCAGAGAGCUCCAUCAGUGCCAGAGACCUGAGGAUGACGACAGCAAGGGAAUGAUUGAGAGUCUGAGGGAGGACCUAGAGGAGAAACGUAACAUCAUGAUGUCCCUCAAGGGCCUCAUGGAUAAGAUAUCUAAAGAGAACCAGCAGCUCAGGCUCAAACAGGAGCACUUACAGGCUCAGAAGAGCGACCUGGUGGAGCAGCUCAGGCAGACAGAAGAGGAUCGCAGCGCCGUGGAACUGGACCAAGAGCAGCUGGCACGCGAGAACCGGCAGCUGAAGAAUUCUCUGGAGCGCGAGGAGGCCUCGCUGUCUGCCCUGCAGGACGAGCUGCGCAGCCUCCGGGACCAGAUCCGUCAGCUGGAGGAUCGCGGCGCCGGGGCCGAGACCAUCGCGCAGGAGAACCAGCGCCUCAAGGACCACCUGGAGGAGGAGAGGCAGCGGCUGAGGAGCAUCUGGGAGCAGCGCAACCGGCUGGUGGUGGAGGCACAGGCCCUGCGCGGGGAGCUGGACCUGGAGAGGAGGGCCACCGACAAGCUCAAGGAGGAGCUGAGCAGGAGGAGUCCUGCGGAUGUGGAGGCCGAGGAGAUGCAGUCGCGCCUGUUGGAGCUGGAGAAGAAGCUGAACUUCGAGCAGCAGCGCUCAGACCUGUGGGAGAGGCUGUACGUGGAGACCAAGGAGGAGACGGAGAACUUCAAGGGGGAGCGGGAUCAGCAUCCCAAAGCCAAGCUGCCCAAAGAAGGAAUCAUUGGCAAGGUGAAGGAGACCUUUGACGCCGUGAAGAACUCCACCAAGGAGUUUGUGCACCAUCACAAGGAGCAGAUCAAAAAGGCCAAAGCGGCGGUGAAGGAAAACCUUCGCAAGUUUUCAGACUCCGUGAAGUCCACCUUCAGUAACUUCAAGCACUCCGCCUCAAAUAUAUUCGACCGGAAUCGUCCAGGUCAUGAGCGGAAGUUCAACGAGCGGAAGGAGAGGAAAGCACAGCACCAAGAGCCGUUCAGGAUGCACAAGGACGACUCCAGCUCGGAGGAAGCCUCGUGGCAACGCAAACCCCAGAAGCCCUUUCAUCGCCACCCUCGAAAAUCCACCAUGGACUCCUCGUCCUCCCAGUCCCAGCGCAACACGCGCAAAGCUGGAUCCAAGAAAGACUCGGGGCCCACAGGGCCUGCCGGUCCCAAAGUUGUUCCCAAAGGGUGCUCGAGUGUGUUUGACUGUGCUUACCAGGAGUCGAUGAGCCUCUUCAACAAAGCCAUGGACCCCAUCCGAGCGGACGAGUUCAAGCAGUUGCUCCACAGCUAUCUGCAGCAGGAGGUGGACCACUUUCACCACUGGAACGAGCUGGAGGGAUUCAUCAAGAACUUCUUUCACAACGGCGUGUUCAUCCACGAUCAGAUGCUCUUCACGGAUUUCGUAAGUGGAGUGGAGGACUACCUGGAGGACAUAGACGAGUACCAGAGUCAUGACGAUGACACCUUCGAAGACCUGGACGACUACGUUUACAAGCACUUCUUUGGCGACACCUACUCCAAACGAUACGGUCCAAGGUCUGAAACUCAGUAAGGUCUGCAUGUUGAAAUACCAGUGCUGUGAUCCCCAAGGAAAGAGGCCCCAAAGGGGUAAACACCCACCUUCUUUUUGUAAAUUUGCAGUCGACCACUCGAAGGUCCUGAUUCUAAGACAAAAGAAAACAGGGAGGCCCGGCACCAGCGCAAGCAUCAGCGGGCUCGUCCGCGGCCACAGCGAGAGAGGAAGUGGAGUAGAGCCGGGCGGCCGGACAGACACAUGGCAGACGUCAAAAUAGAGCUGGGGCCAAUGCCGUUCGAUCCUAAAUAUUAGAAUGUUCACAAUAACUCCACAUGGGUCUAAACUGAAACUGUAUGAUUGUUUGUUUUGGCUUUGUUUUUAUUGUAUUUCUGGAUGUGUGUUAAUUUCCAAGCUAUGAUUCCCGGAAUUGUACAUUUUGCACAGUGGCGCUUCACUUCUAAUGUUUGAGUGGAAUGUUCCCUUGCUUUUUUCGUUAGUGCAAUUAUUGCUACCUAGGCCAACGCUAUGGCAGUUGUAAGCUCGCCUCGUCUCUUGUCUCACGCACAAAGAAAAAGACAAAGAAAAGAAAAGAAAAAGAGCAGACAAUGCAACACUUGUCCAUAAAUUAUUAACAGUAGGAAUAGUGAACCGUUCAUUCAUACAUUUUGAGAAAUGUUGUGAAUUCAUGCCAUACAUUGUGAAUCUUUCUGCUUUAGCUCUGACAAUGUACUUACUGAUUUCUGAAGUUUGAUUUUACAAAAGAAACCAUAUUGCUGGAUAAAGCCACAAUUGCUGUAGUUUCCAAAUAAUGUCAAUGUUAUGCCAAGAAAAAGCACUUUUACCUAAUUUGUGUUCAUUGGAUGAGCAUCUUUAAGACUGCUAUGUAGAAUACUGCUAAAGUUAUAUUAAAAUGAUAUUCCAGUUAGCUAUAAAAUGGGACCAAAAAAGACCAUGACAACUAUUGAACCUCUGAUGGCAAACCAAUCUGAAUUAUUUUUAAAUAUUUACUACAUCGCCACAUAGAUUGUAAUGGUCUCAUCAGUUGACCCAAUUUAAAUUGAGUAUAAAUGAUGGGUAUUUUCUCAAUGUUAAAUUGGGUUUUCUGUUUUUCCAAAUUACUGAGUAACAUUCCAGGUUGUUCCACGAUGUUCUUCUCAUAUUGCGCGUUCCCUUCUCCUGGUUUGCAGUUGAGCUGUUAACUUUGACAAAUGAGCAGUCUCCAUUAAAAUCUUUGAUGGAAAGAAACAAACAAUUGUGAUUAAUUUCUUUGUCAAUAUUAGUAUGAUUUGUGCAUAUAGUUUUCUUUUCCUUUUUUUGACUGUCCUCUGUAAGUUGUGGUAGGGCGCAGAGUGGCAAUACCAAAUACAGUGCUGUGCAAAAGUUUUUGCCCCCUUAUUUCUUAGCUUUUAUUGCAUCCUUGUCACUCUGAAUCAUUUCAGAUCAAGGAAAUCGAAGUGGUACAUACUGUAGAGACACCUCCCAAGUCAAGACAAAAACGUGUUUUAAUUGUCAAUGUAAUUUAUUAAGGGAAAAAACUACCUGAACCUACAUUACCUCAUGUGAAAAAGUAAUUACCCUCCUCAACCUCAUUACUUGUACCACCCCCAGCAGCAACAAUUUUAGUCAUGUGUUGUUUACAAGAACUGGCAAACAGUCCUCCACAUCGCUGUGGAGAAUUUUUUGCCAAUUCUUCUUUGCAUAAUUGUUUUAAAAUCAGCUACAGUGGAGGGUUUCCAUUCAUGAACACGAAUGAAUGGUUACAUUUGAUUUGUUUCUAGAGAGCAGAAUUCAUGCUUCGUGCAAAUCUUAGCUGGUCGUCCAUGUCCCGAGGCAGUAAAACAGCCUCAAACCACAAAACUCCCACCACCAGUUUUUGGCUUCACUUUUGACACUACAUUCUUUUUAUCAAAUGCAGUGUUUAUUU